AACCCAUUUGACAAUCUCCUACCGGGGAUUGAGGAUCGCAUCCGACGGCAGGUACAAAUAGAGCUCCGCUUCUGGGACUGCUGCAGACGCCACACGGAGUUCUUCGCGUGCGAGGGCAGAGUCCAACGGAGUGGAGAAUGCUUCUGCUUACCUUGAUCCUGGUUUUCUUGGCGGCGGCACUGCUGUACGCUGUUCUGGUGUGGAACCACGACUACUGGAGAAAGCGGGGCGUGCCGGGUCCCAAGCCGCAGCUUCUGUGCGGCAACUACCCCAACAUGUUCGCCAUGAGGCGACAUGCCAUCUACGACCUGACCGACAUCUACAGGCAGUACAAGCACAAGUACGACGCCGUGGGCAUUUUUGGCUCCCGAACUCCACAGCUGCUGGUGCUGAAUCCCCAACUGGCGCGACGCGUACUGGUGUCCAACUUCUCGAACUUCCACGACAACGAGCUGUCCAAGACCGUGGAUGAGAGGAGCGACUUUAUUUUCGCCAACAACCCGUUGACGCUAACCGGCGAGAAGUGGAAGAGCAGGCGGGCCGACGUGACUCCUGGUCUGACCUUGGGACGGGUGAAGACUGUCUACCCGGUGACGAAGAAGGUGUGCCAGAAGCUGAGCGAGUGGGUGGAAAGGCAACUGCGACUGGGCUCCCCCGAGGGCAUCAAUGCCAAGCAUAUGAGUCUCUGCUUCACCUCGGAAACGGUCACCGACUGCGUCCUGGGCCUGAGCGCCGAAAGCUUUUCGGACAAGCCCACCCCCAUACUGGCGAACACCAAGGACCUGUUCAACCAGCCCCUGACCUUCGUGCUCUUCUUCAUGCUGACCAGCACCUUUCCGUCGCUGAGCAACUUGCUCAAACUGCGCUUCAUACCGCUCAAGGUGGAACGCUUCUUCCUCGACCUGAUGGCCAGCGCCGUGGAGGCCCGUCGCGCCCAGCAAUCGGCUGGCGGCGAGCACUUCGAGAGGUCCGACUUCCUGGACUACAUCCUGCAGCUCGGCGAGAGGCAGCAGCUGGACAACCGCCAGUUGCUGGCCUAUUCCAUGACCUUCCUGCUGGACGGAUUCGAGACGACGGCCACGGUGCUGGCCCACAUGCUCCUCAACCUGGGACGCAAUGCGCGGGCCCAGGAGCUGCUACGCGAGGAGAUCCGCGCCCACUUGCAGGACGGCUUCGUUGACUUCGACAAGCUCAACAACUUGCCUUACUUGGACGCGUGUCUGCAGGAAACCAUCCGCCUCUUCCCGCCCGCCUUCACGUCCAACAAGCUAUGCACCGAAUCCAUCGAGCUGCCCAACAGGGACGGCCCCAACUUCGUGGUGGAGAAGGGCACCACCGUUGUCAUACCCCACUACUCCUUCAUGGUGGAUGAGGAGUUCUUUCCCGAUCCCCAGUCCUUCCAGCCGGAACGCUUCAUGGAGCCCGAUGCGGUGAAAACGUUCAGGGAGCGGGGUGUCUACAUGGGCUUCGGAGACGGGCCUCGCGUGUGCAUUGGAAUGCGAUUUGCCACAGCCCAGAUCAAGGCAGCCAUUGUGGAACUGAUCUCAAAGUUCAACGUAAAGAUAAACCCCAAAACCCGCCAGGACAAUCAGUUCGAUCCAGUCCAAUUCUUCAUUACUCUGCACGGCGGCAUUUGGUUGGACUUGGAAAAACUCUAGAUAGUCACGCCCGUCCGUACGAGCCCUGAUAUCUUGGAAAUCAAAACCCUAGAAGUGGGAAAGUUUACUUUAGCUUAAAAAUCCAUAGUUUGAUAUUUUAAAACCUUACUCCAAUUCCAUAAGUAAUCCCAAGGUAAAAUUGCACCAGAUCAAAUACUUUACUUAUCCAGAUCCACUCGACUUGUAUCAUAAAUAAUCAUUAACACAUAUGUUCUUGCUAAAUAUAAAAUAAAUGUUUAAUUUGAAAUUGUCUAAAUAACUAAACAUUUUUGUUUUUCAAAUAAAACCGAUUUUGUUGUAUAUA